AUCUCACAAUGUGAGGUUAUGCGUGACUGACGAGUGACACUUUCGUUCAGUGUCUUCGUCAAGUGGCCAGGAAGAGGUCAGGAAAAUGUACCUCCUCCUCAGGAAUUCCCUCUGUCGGGAGAUAAAGAGCCUCAGAACCACACUCUUGCGAUCCAGAGUGAAUCUCUGCAAGAAGACACGCGCUGCGGAGAAAUCCUCCAUCCCACGCCUUGCGUACGGUGUCACCCUUGGCGGAGGUACAUUCCUAUCCCUGCACUGUCUCCGCACUGGCCAGGUCAAUGUCAAAUGCCAGGCCGCGGCGCCGGUCCAGCAAAUCCCGCACCAGUUUGACUGGAGACGACUCUGGAGCUAUCUCAGGCCGCACUUCCUCAAGCUCCUGGGCGCUGUGAUAUCCGCCAUAGUUGUGGCAUAUCUCAACAUCAAGAUCCCCAUCUUCCUGGGUGUGUUCGUCAACACGCUGUCCAAGUACGCUGGAAUCGGUGGCGCCACAGUGAAAACAACCCUGGGUGAAUUCCUUGCCGAUAUUCGCCGUCCUGGCUUCCAUCUCUUCAGCCUGUACGGCCUCCAGUCACUUUUCACCUUCUUCUACAUCAUCCUGCUGAGUCAGAUUGGCGAAGAUAUGGCCGCCCAAAUAAAGCAAGAUCUCUAUCGGCAGAUCAUUGUCCAGGACUUGGCCUUCUUCGAUCGCAAUCGCACGGGAGAACUCGUGAAUCGCCUCACGACGGACGUGCAUGACUUCAAAUCCUCCUUCAAGCAGUGCAUCUCGCAGGGACUGCGCUGCGCCGCCCAGCUGAUCGGCGGCGGAAUAUCCCUUGUCGCCAUAUCGCCCCACAUGGCGGGCGUGGCGCUGAUCUCUGUGCCCUCCGUCGUGCUCAUGUUCUCCAUGCUGGGCCAGUCGCUGCGCGCCCUCAGCAAGAAGACACUGGCACAGACGGAGAAGGCCACCGCCGUGUGCGAGGAAGCGCUGUCCAACAUCCGGACGGUGCGCUCCAAUGCGUCAGAGUAUCAGGAGGCGGAGGUGUUUGAGCGUGAGACGAAUGAGGCGGCGACACUGGCGCAGAAUCUCGGCUCUGGUAUCGCCGUCUUCCAGGCUCUGACCAACUUCAUGCUCAACGGCAUGGUGGCAUCGACUCUGCUGUGCGGCGGCUAUCUCAUGUCCACGAAUCAACUAACUGCCGGCCAGCUGAUGGCCUUUCUCGUGGCUGCCCAAGGUGUGCAGCGAUCCCUGACGCAGGGCUCCCUUCUGCUGGGCUCCGUGAUCCGCGGCAUGGCCGCCGGCACGCGUGUGUUCGACUACCUGGCCAUCUCUCCUCAGGUGCACCUGGAGCGCGGCCUCAGCAUCCCGUCGGAUGUGCUCAAGGGCCACAUUCGCUUCCACGGCGUCUCCUUUGCCUAUCCCACGCGCGCAGAGCAGACGGUUCUCAAGGACUUCUGCCUCACACUCGAGCCCGGCAAGACUGUGGCUCUCGUGGGCGCCAGUGGAUCUGGAAAGUCCACCGUGGCUGCUCUGCUGGAGCGCUUCUACGAGCCCAGCAGCGGCACCAUUGAGCUGGACGGCUUCCAGCUCUCCGACAUUUCGCCCAUGUGGUUACGCGGCCACGUGAUCGGCUUCAUCGAGCAGCAGCCCAUCCUCUUCGCCACCAGCAUCUUCGACAACAUCAAGUACGGCCGCCCCGACGCCACGGACGACGAGGUAUUCGAGGCGGCGCGCCUGGCGCAGUGCCAUGACUUCAUCCGCGACCUGCCGGACAGCUAUGACACGCACGUGGGCGAACGCGGCGUGCAGUUGAGCGGUGGUCAGCGCCAGAGGAUCGCCAUUGCGCGGGCGCUUCUGAAGAAGCCCACGGUGCUGAUUCUGGACGAGGCCACGAGCGCCCUGGACGCCACGAGUGAGGCUGAGGUGCAGAAGGCUCUCGAUCAGGCGGUGCAGAAUCGCACGACUCUCGUCAUUGCCCACAGAUUGUCCACCAUUCGCAAUGCCGAUCUGAUUGUGGUGCUAAAUCACGGGCGUAUCGUUGAGAUGGGCACGCACGAGCAGCUCACGGCCAAGCGGGGACUCUACUACGCCCUCGUGAGCCACCAGAGCGAGGAGGCGCGCCAGAGAGGUUGAAAAUCAUCGGACAAUUCAGUAGAGCAACUGCAUGGAAGAGGCUAUUUAUUUUAAAUCCCUGUUGAAGCAAUAAAUGCCGAUCAAGCACGAUCA